UCAAUAGUGGGCUUCAUGUAAUGGCUUAGAAAAUGCGGAGUGCUUCCCAUGGUAAUGCGACAUUGUGGUUGCCACGACCCCUAAAUCAACAGACUAGCAAAAACUAUAUAACUCUCUCCAAUUUCCUUGACACUUCACUCAUCUCGGCAACUUCUCUUCUUAUCUAACACAAACAAGAAACUCCUCUCUAACAAAGAAGGAUGGCUUACACCAAGCUCACCAUCAUGUUAUCCUCCCUCAUUCUCCUCCAACUAGCGUCGAUCUCCUCCACAUCGGCGACCGACAAGCACGUCCCCAGCAAGACCGUCCCCAAGCCCGUGGAAGUCAUCGUCGAGGGCAUGGUCUACUGCCAGAGCUGCAAGUACUCCGGCACCUGGUCCCUGUCGGAGGCGAAGCCCCUCGGCUCGGCAAAGGUCAGCGUCGUCUGCAAGAACUACAAGAACCGCGUCACCUACUACAAGACCUUCCAGACAGAGGAGAGCGGCUACUUCUAUGCCGAGCUCACUGGCUAUGAGAUGAGCCACCCCAUCCUGGACCACCCGCUCCAUGCUUGCCGCAUCAAGCUCGUCUCGUCGCCCCAGGAGGGAUGCAACCUCUUGUCCAACAUCAACUAUGGGAUGUACGGGGCCCCGCUCCACUACGAGAACAAGACGCUGUACAGGAAGGAGUACAACGCUGUCGUUUACGCCGCAGGGCCGUUGGCUUUCCGCCCCUCAUAUUGCCCUCCGGAAGGGACACACGCUUAAUCGAUUAAUGAGUUGGUUUUUCUCACAAGAGUUCCAUCAUUAGUUCGUCUCUCAUUAUUUCUCUACGACUUUUCAUCAUCACUUUCUUUCGAUUAGCCUUUUACUUAUGGUCAAAAUGCGAGUGUGUAUUGAGAUGUGUCCCAAGGCGCUCUGUUUUGUUCUGUUUUGGCUGCUGUAUUACUGAACGAAUCAUACACAUGUUUCUUUAUAAACAUAUGGAAGAAAAUUUAUCUAUCCUUACA